CUUCGAUUCAAAAAACUGCCCGGCUUCUCCUGCUAUUUCCGAGUCUUCUAAUCGUUUCCAAGUAAGUCUCUCCUUCCCUUUCUGAGUCAUGUCAGACCGUGAGGAUAGCCAGAACCCGUCCGUUCACUCCUAUGGUUCUGGUGGCUGGUCUCCAACACCUAGUUCCUCUUCUUCUUCAUCCUCUGAUUCCGAGCGCCCGGCUACUUCUCCACAGAAGAAGCCGGUUGAUGCUUCCGCUUGCGCUCCUUCUUCUUUCGCGGCGCAAGUGGUCUCGGUUGCCCAGACCGGGGAUGAGGGCUUCAUCCAGCUAGACGACCGGUUGCUCCAAGAGCUACCGUCGUAUAUGCAGAAGCCCCAAGUCCACGAGCUGCGCAAUCUGAUGCCUGAUGGGACUUGGGGUGAAUUCUCUAUUCACCCAUUCAAAGUCCUUUUCCUUGAAACCUACGGGAUCAUGCCCGGGCAAUUGGCCCCAAAUGGUCAUCGUCUGUUGAGCAGCUUCAUCAACGUCUGCCGGUUUCUCCGUAUUCCCCUCUCUCUUCGUCUCUUUGAUCACAUGUUCGAUGUCCGGCCCGGGUCCAAGGAAACCCUUGGAUUCGUGGUGGUGUCCUCCCACCAAGGCCGGGCAUUCCUCUGUGGCCUUCCACCUUCUAACAAGAAGUGGAAGGACAAAUACGUGUCCAUCAAAUUCCCCCCGGCCUCUUUUCCUUUCGCCCAAAAUGUCUGGGGGAAGAGGAUGAGGCGUCAGGUCAAACCUGCGGAGGCUGAUGACCUAGCUACUUGGGAAGCCACUCUCCGGGCCGGGGACGCCUCCACCCGCAGUCAGUACCACGUCGGGAAGUGGGGCGUCUACCCCGGCCGGGAGACCGACCCCGAGCCAGAGAUUGUUCUGCCCGGGACCAUCCCCGAAGCCAUCCCCAUCAGUCGGGCGAUGAGAUCCAAAGCCAAGGCCACAGUCGUCGCCGGUCCUUCACGCCCGGCGAAGAAGAAGAAGGAGAAAGUGGUUGAGGAGCCCUCCACCGCUCAGCCACUCAACCCUCCAUCCGGCCAGCCCUUCUUCCUAGAGGAGCAACCUACCCAAUCCCAUCAGGGAACCAACCAGCCCCUUCACUCGGGGGAUCUCUACCUCAAUGUAGAGACCUUCGAGUUUGACACCCUGAUGGGGGAGAAUGGGCAUACCUCUCAAGCCGGCCAGGCGGGUCAACCCAACGUGGACGGCGAAGGCGAAGAAGAGGCUGCUGAAGAGUCCCUUCAGCGGAAGAGGCGGAGGACUGAAGAGGUCAACCAGCCGGCUCACCAAGGACCCAUAGUGCCCCGGUCUCCACUUCUGAUGAGCCGGUCGAACGAGGAGCUUUUCCAAGCUUUUCGUGCCGACCUGUCUGAGGUCGGCCGGAUCGGGGAGGAGUACUUCGCCCGGCUGGUGAAGUCGGCGGAUGAGGAGAAGGCCCGGAUGGAGGCCAUGAUGGUCCAAUGCCGGAAGGAUGCUCAGGCCGCCCGUGAAUACGCGGAGAAAACGGAGGCGAAGUGGCUGGAGCACUGCACGGUCUACCGUCAGCUCUACGCCAAAAACGACGGCCUUCUCAAGGCCGCAAAAGAGGCCGAUGAGCAGGCCGAGGUCAAGAUCCAACAGCUGGAGGCCGACAAUGCCCGGUCAGCUGAGGAGAUUGCCCGUCUGAGCGAUGAGCUGGAGAGAGAGCAAUCGGAGCGGGCUGCCGUUGCCGCUGCCUGGGCUGCCCAAGCGCCUGAGGAGUUCGCUGCUAAGGCACUUCCUGACCGGGAGACAGCAAUCUGCUUCUUCCAAGGUCUGUAUAAGCACCCAAUUUCGGCCGGCAUUGUGGACGAGAUUGGGACUUAUGGCUACGAAAGUGGCCAGUGCUCUGAGCGAAAGGCCCUCUACGGCAUCCUUGAGCAGCGGAUUCAAGGCUUUCGGCCGAAGGCUCUAUCUCUGCCCGAGCUGCAUAGCGAGGCACCUGAACCUCCCUUCCCGGGCAUCUGAUCCAUCCGACCUUCUUUUUUUUUUAUGUUUUGAUGUAAUGAUAUGCCUCCGGGCACUUGUGUAACACUGAAAUAUUAAUGAAAAAAUUUCUACAUCAUGUGUUGAGUACUUUAUUUUUUUUCUGUCUCAUUAAUAAUUUUUUUUUUUUAACUCGGAUUCUUCAACCGUUUAGAUUAGUAGAUAACAGCCCGACUGUAACUACCCGG